AUGGUGGUUGGUGUAGAAACACCAACUGUAGAGGAGGGGGUUGGGUUUUGGAGAGGAAAAUCUAUUGAAUGUAGAGGUAGUGGGAGGUUACUUAGCUUGAAAAGGCUUUUGAGAGGGAAAUGCGAUCUUGCUGCUCAAAAUUAUAAUACUUUCCUAAGAGAGAAAGCUAAAAUCAACUGGAUUCAAGAUGGUGAUGUUAAUUCUAAAUUCUUUCAUACAAGUAUAAAGCUAAGACAAGCUCAAAAUUCCAUCUCUGAAAUCGAAGACUCAUCAGGUAACAUUAUCACUGAUCAUAAUGGUAUUUCAAAUGUUCUCAUUGAUUACUUUAGCACUAAAUUUGCUCGUCAAGAUAUUACUGUAAGUGAUUCCUUCUUUGAAGCUGCUCCAAAAGUUAUUAAUGAUGAAGAUAACUCCUUCUUAGAAAACUUGCCCACUGAAGAUGAUAUCAAAAAUGCUACUUUUGAUCUAAACCCAGAUGGUGUUUCUGGUCCAGAUGGAUUCACUGGCUCUUUUUACAGAUUUGCUUGGAAGGUGCUUCUUGCUUCUGAGCUUGUCAAUGAAUUGUCUGUUAAAAGAAGAGGUGGUAAUUUGGGACUUAAAUUGGACAUUUCUCAAGCUUAUGACACUAUGAGUUGGGAUUUUCUUUAUAAAGCUCUAACCAGUUUUGGUUUCUCUGGAAAAUUCUGUGAUUGGAUUAUGUUCCCUGAUAAAUAUCUAGGGGUUAAUCUGGUUCAAGGGAAGAUUAAAUCCACUCAUUUAUGGCACUUAGUGGAAUAUAUGCAACAUAGAUUGUCUUCUUGGAGUGGUAAACUGUUAAGCUUUCAAGCUAGACCCACUCUGGUUGAGUUUGUCCUUUGUAGUAUUCCAGUAUAUAAUAUGUCCAUCUACAAAUGGCCUAAGAAGGUGAUUAAAUCUUGUGAAAGAAUUAUAAGGAACUAUCUAUGGUCAAGUAAUGCUGAAGAGAAAAAAUGUGUGACUUUAAAGUGGAAUAAAGUUUGUACUCCUCUUGAAGAAGGAGGUUUGGGAAUAAGGAGACUUGAAGAUUUCAACAGAGCUUUAUUAAUGAAAUUCCUUUGGAAAAUGCUUCAAUCUAAGGAAGAAUGGGCCCUUUUCUUCUUAGCUAAAUACACUGACAAAAAUGGCAGCUGGAUUACUUACUAUAAAAAAUCUUCAAUUUGGCCUGAAAUCAAGUGGAUAAUACCAAGUUUCAAAAGUCUUACCAGAUGGACUGUUGGAGAUGGUUCUCAAAUUUAUUUUUGGUAUGAUAAAUGGAUCUUUGAAGAUUCUUUAAGUAAUAUGUUUCCAAACCAUUCUCUUAUUACUCAAUAUCCAAAUUUAAAAGUUAGUAGUCUGAUUAUGAAUGGUCAAUGGAGAAUCCCUGACGAUCUUCUCCAAUUUUUCCAAAUUGAGCAAUUACCUGUUAUUGGAACUGGUGCAGAUACUUUAGUCUGGAGCAGUAAUCAUACUGGCAUGUUUUCUGUUGCUGAUGCAGUGAAGAAUAUCAGGAAUCCUUUGCCUAAGCUACACUGGUAUAAAAAAAUAUGGAAUCAUGCAGUUUUGCCUUCUACUUUUGCUAAUAUAUGGAAAAUUACAAGGGAAGCUUGUGCAACUGAUGAGAACUUGAAAACAAAAGGUUUCAAUAUAGCUUCAAGAUGUUACAUCUGUCAUAAUGAUAUUGAUUCCUUAAAUCACUUACUGUGGAAUUGCAGCUUUAGUAGACAGCUUUGGAAUUGGUUGGGAGAAUUUAUAGCCAGUAUAAGAGCUCUUGAAUGGGCUCUGGAAAAUCAGAAGUUUAAGAUCAUUCUGCAAACUGAUUCUAAGGCUUGUGCUACAACCUUAUUGAAUAAGAAGAUACCAUGGUUCUUGAUGGCUAGAUGGCAGAGAGUUUUAAGUGGACUGCACAGUAUUUCUGUCAGACAUGCUUACAGGGAAGCAAACUUUCCAGCUAAUCAUUUUGCUAAAAAGGGUGUGCAUCUUCCAAAGGGUAUUAUCCAUAACUACAGUGAGAGACCUUCUUCCCUUACUCAAAUGGAAUUCCCAGAUAGGCCCUAUUACAGAUUUGAGUAA